GUGUGCCUCCAGCCUCCUUUUUCUGAAGCUGCUGACAGGCAAAUACCGCGAUACCCAGACUUCCAUAACUGACAGCUCUGCGGUUUACAGAGUCAGCAACGCCAAGAGCGCUAACGUGACCUUAAUCGACCUUCCAGGCCAUGAGAGUUUGCGGCUUCAGUUCUUGGAGAGGUUCAAGGCUGCAGCCAGAGCCAUCGUGUUUGUGGUGGACAGUGUGGCCUUUCAGCGGGAAGUGAAGGAUGUGGCAGAGUUCCUGUACCAGGUCCUGGUCGAUAGCACUGUGCUCAAAAAUGCGCCUGCCCUGCUGAUCGCUUGCAAUAAGCAAGAUGUCACAAUGGCAAAAUCAGCAAAACUUAUUCAACAGCAGCUGGAGAAGGAGCUCAACACCUUACGAGUGACCCGCUCUGCAGCCCCCACCAGUCUGGAUGCCACUGGGGGCCCUGCCCAGCUGGGGAAGAAGGGCAAGGACUUCGACUUCUCCCAGUUACCCAUGAAGGUGGAAUUCGUGGAGUGCAGUGCUCGGGGCAGCAAGGGAGAGGAGGGAGAUGCUGACUUCGAGGGCCUGGAGAAAUGGCUGGCCAAGAUCGCCUGA